GUCUCCGGGCGGACCACGCUCGGCUCUGGCUGAUCUGUGGGCGAAUAUCAUUUCGCUGUAAUGGCCUUAUUUUGUCAUCAGCAGUGAUAUAACAAGCCUUGGCCCAGGCAGGCCGAGCCUUUGUUAAGGUCAGAGUAAACGCUUUGUUUCUACUUCCUGACACCUGAAGACUUGAUCUGUCCGGAGCACAGCACCGUCAUGUCAGAGGAUAACAACCCAGACAAAUUCAUCAAGGAGACGUCGAUUCUGGAUGAAUACAACAUAAACUGGACACAGAAGUUGGGAGCUGGAAUCAGCGGACCUGUCAGAGUGUGUAUGAAGAAGUCAUCUCACGAACGUCUGGCCCUAAAAAUCCUCAUUGAUCGUCCCAAGGCCAGAAACGAGGUGCGUCUCCAUAUGAUGUGUGCCAACCACUCAAACAUCGUGCAAAUACUGGAGGUGUACGCCAACAGUGUCCAGUUCCCCCAUGAGUCCAGCUCCAGAGCAAGACUUCUGAUUGUUAUGGAGAUGAUGGAGGGUGGUGAGCUCUUCCACAGAAUCAGUCAGCACAGGCACUUUACUGAAAAAAUGGCCAGUCAGGUCACUAAACAGAUUAGUCAAGCAUUGGCACAUUGUCACACUCUGAAUAUUGCACAUCGUGACCUGAAGCCAGAGAACUUGCUCUUCAAAGAUAACUCUCUGGAUGCACCUGUGAAGUUAUGUGACUUUGGCUUUGCCAAAAUUGAUCAAGGGGACUUGAUGACCCCUCAGUUCACUCCUUACUACGUAGCACCUCAGGUACUUGAGGCUCAAAGAAGACAUCAGAAGGAAAAGUCUGGAAUCAUACCUACCUCACCAACUCCUUACACAUAUAGCAAGAGCUGUGACUUGUGGUCCCUCGGUGUGAUUAUCUACAUUAUGCUGUGCGGCUAUCCUCCGUUCUACUCCAAACAUCACAGUCGCACCAUCCCAAAGGACAUGAGGAAGAAGAUCAUGACAGGCAGCUUUGACUUCCCCGAAGAUGAGUGGAGCCAGAUCUCUGAGAUGGCCAAGGACGUCGUACGCAAGCUGCUGAAGGUAAAGCCAGAGGAGAGGCUGACUAUCAACGGAGUGCUGGCUCACCCGUGGCUCAACUGCACCGAGGCCCUCGACAACGUGCUGCCGUCCCCACAGAUGAUGAUGGACAAGGCGGUAGUUGCAGGUAUCCAGCAGGCACAUGCAGAGCAGCUUGCCAACAUGAGAAUUCAGGAUCUGAACGUGAGCCUCAAGCCCCUAAACUCCGUCAACAACCCAAUCCUCAGGAAGAGGAAGCUGCUUGGCUCCAAACCUACUGACAGUUUCUUCAUUAACGACCCAGAAAAUGGAGGGGAGGACUCCAACGUAGCGCUUGAAAAAUUAAGAGACGUCAUUGCACAGUGUAUACUACCACAGGCUGGAGAAAAUGAGGAUGAGAAGUUGAAUGAAGUGAUGCAUGAAGCCUGGAGGUUCAACAGAGACUGUAAGCUGCUGAGAGACGGCCUGCACGGGCUCAACUGGGACGGGCGAGGCUUCUCUGAUAAAGUCGACAGAUUGAAGCUGGCAGAAAUUGUAAAACAGGCCAUCGAAGAAAAAACAACUCUCCAAGAAUCUCAUUAGCAAACACUAUCUUUCUAUCCUUUUUAUAUUGUUUACUACUUAUCGUUUAUUAUGACCAUUUUUAACCCAUAAAAAAGUUUUAUGUCAAAUUGUUUUUUGUCCCAUAAAUUAA